UCAUUUCACAUUAAAACUAAAACCAACCUACAGAGCUAAAGCCUUGAAAGGUAGAAGCAUUCUGCAUUGUUGAGAAUUUGUGUAAGAGAAAGAGUUCACAAAGGAAUUUACGAAGUGUUCCUAUUUUGAGAUAAUCGUAUUUCAAUUUUGAUCGGAGAAAGAAAUUUUUUUUGUUAAAGUAAAGUGAGAGGAUAAUGGGAAUUUUGCUAGAACAAAAUGCAAGCGGUUCUGCUUUGCCAUUGUUGUCUCUAAACCAUGUGUCUUACCUUUGUAAGUCAGUUAAAGAAUCAUCCAAGUUUUAUCAAGAAGUUCUGGGUUUUGUUCUCAUUAGAAGACCUUCUUCUCUCAAAUUUGAAGGAGCUUGGUUAUUCAACUAUGGAAUUGGGAUACACUUGUUACAGUGUAAUUCCAUUAAUGAUGUCCAACAAAUGCCAGUAAAAAUCAACCCCAAAGAUAAUCACAUUUCAUUCCAAUGUACCGAUAUUGAAUUAGUAAAGAAGAGACUCCGAGAGAUGGGGAUGAAGUAUGAAACCGCCCUCGUCGAAGAAGGUGGUGUUUUUGUUGAUCAACUUUUCUUUCACGAUCCAGAUGGUUAUAUGAUUGAAAUCUGCAACUGUGACAACAUUCCAAUCAUUCCAUUAUCUGCAAGUGCAUGUCUCAUUCGAAAGCCCCAAUCUUACGUAGAUGCUAAGAAGAGCAAGUUGUCUGCGGCUGGCACGAAACCACUUAAUGCGGCAGAAAUGGAGACGAGGAUGAUGGAAAACUUAUUCGCCAACAUGAUUGAUAUUGCCAUGUAGAGCCUUCAAAUUCAACCCAACAUUCAUAUCAUCCCUUGGGAAAAAACAAAACAAUUUUCUUAUAAUAUCACGCUGUAUUUAAAAAUUUAAUACACAAUUCAUAUUUAAUUAUUCUUUGUA